AUGGCUGAGCAAAUAAUCAGUCUCCCGCAGCUGCUCCUCCUUCUCCUGCUGGGCGGAGUUACGAUUCGAUACUUCGUGUACCCGAACUUCGUGUCAUCUUCGCCAUCUUCGCAACAGCAGCAAUCUAGUCGACGGCUACGGGCGCGAGAAGCCGAUAUUGAGCGCGUACAGCAAAUGUUUCCUCAACUCGCGCGGCGUAGUAUUAUGUGGGAUCUCCAGCGGAAUGGCGGGAAUGUUGCGGCCACAACGGAACGCAUCUUGAGUGGACGCGGCUUAGAUACGCCUCCGCCCUCCUUUCAACCAAUCCUUCCCAAUCCGCCUCCUCAGCCGUCAUCGACAAAUACGCCAGAAUCUUCAGCCUCACCUAAUUUGAUUACUCGAUAUAACCUAGCAGCCAAAAUUACAGAGAACCCACCUCCAGGCAAAGUGGCGGAUGAGAUAUUGACGGAGAAGCAGUCCUCAGUUCCUGCGUGGAGCGCUAACAAGGCAGAUAGACAAGCGUUACUCCAAAGGCGAAGAGAAGAGAUGAUCCUGGCAGCAAGGCGAAAGAUGGAAGCCAGAGUAGCAGCAGAGGAAGCAGCGGCACAGCGGUCACCUAGCACAGAACUAAAAUAA